AACAGUUCGAAUAAUGAAUCAGUCUCACGAUAGUUUUUAUAAAAAUAUUGAACAUCGUAUAUUAUAGCGUAAUAUAACAUUUAGAUAGACAAGCAACGCACCACAAUUCAUCCUCCACGCAACUCAGGCAUAGACAGAAAUAUUUCAGAAGUACAAAAAAUAAAAAUGACAAGUCGCUUUGACAGAAAGAAAAACAAUAGCAUAUCGUAGUGCGAACGUGACUGUUAUAUAAGUUUUAUUUGUUAGUUCAUCGAUAUUUACAUGGUAUCAUGCGAGGAGCGAAUUUUAUAAUUAGUAGCCAAUGUUAUUUAUCAAUUUUUUAUGUUUAUUAUAUCUGAUGGUGCUUAUCGACAGCCAUACUAUAUCUAAAAGUAUUGAUAACGACGACAAAGCCGAUGAUAUAUUCGACUCCAUAACCGACUUAGAUCACACGAGAAACCCCAAGAUAAGAAGAGACAGAUUCCUCCACAAGUACAGGGCAGACGACAAGGAUGAGUUCCUAGUGAAGACGGUCGAAGCGAUAAGACUCACUAAAGCGUUCUCAGACGUGGACAAGACAACGGAGACGACGACACACGGGAUAUCCACGACCACCACCGAGCAUCUCAAACACCACAAGUCACCGAAAAAAAGGGUCGGCAGCUUCUGGAGAAAGUUCCGAGGCAAAGACAAAAAAGACAAAAACAAUGAAGCCAAAGAAAGAAAAAGAAGACGGCCAAAAACCAAAGAAUUCAGAUGGAGACAUCCCACCACAAAAGAUCCUCGGAAUUCUGCCAGAAGGAACAAGGGCAGGAGGAAAAGUAGGCGGCAAUUCGUCUUUCGGAAAUCUGAUAAGACACUCUCGAAACGUGAUUUAACAGGUAGUGCCAUGUUAUUCAGUUGCAGAGAAGUUAAGAAAUAUCCCAAUAAACUACAGAUCGGUAUAACACCGCACCUAGACAUGGCUAACAGACCCUACAAAGUGAAAACUGACACAACCACCGAGAAUUUAAACAAACUCUUACAAACUAUGACAACGCAGGUCACCCGUCUGAAACAGAUUUACGGAGUCGAACGAUUCACUCAACCAACCCAAACUACUAAAUCUAGUUACCAACCUACUUAUCAACCCAAUUUUAACCAACCUAGCUAUCCAGGCUUCGACAAAAGCGUGGAGAAAAGUUAUGACAAAAGUUUUGAUAAAAGUUUCGACAAAAAUUUCGAUAAAAGUUAUGACAAAAGUUUUGACAGUAAACAAACUACAACCACUUCUAUGCCAAAAUUUGAUAGUGAAUACCCGGGAACUGCGCAGAUAGAAGAACUGCUAAACGACAUCAAAGUGAAAGCUAUUCAGAUGGUCGCAGAGCAAAUCCCAUCGGUGACCGACCUCAUAACCAACACGGCCACUGAAGCCACGUUUGAAGCCGAUCCCAUACUGACACACCUCGACUACGCCACCCCCGGAUAUUACUUGAGCACAUUCGUGUCAAUAAAUGAAAUCAAAAAUGUCUUCGGUAAACGGACAGUGCCAUCCAGAGUUAACGAAUUCACUCUUAACGAUUCCGUCUUAAUAACCAACACCGAACCCCAUUUCAUCGUAGCGAGAUCCCUCAAAGAAGAAACGUACACGAUGGCACGAAACGUGGAAGAUAUGCUAGAAAGGAAUUUGAAGAAAAUGUACCAUAAAGUAAAGAACAAAGUCUCCAGCGACUUCCGUAAAGAAAUCCAUCAAGUCAAGUCCACGUUGAGUGGAAUAGCGCACAGGGCUUCAACAACGAAAGCAAAAGCUAAGACUACGGCGAAGUCUACGAAGGCUACGACGCAUUCGAAACAUACAACGAUGUCGGCGACUACAACGAUUACGACGGCCCCGAGGCACCUGAGGGGCGAGCACUUGUAUCAACACAAACUGAUGCGUCCGUACCAGAGGAUGCGACAGCACACACGCCCGCACACGCACGAGGCCACACACCCAACACCGACAUACGACGACUACAUGAUGCUGACCCUCUACGAGCAGAUGCUGGCGAAAACUCAAGAAGACAACGUUCUCAAACUGUUAACAACAGUCGACUCAAUGAACAAAAAGCGCAGAGAACACACACACUACAGAUUGUCGAAGAGGAAUCCCGAAACGCUGACAGAUAUCAAACUGAGAGAGUAUCUACAGAAGGUUUACGACGAGGGUAUCAAUAUGCCUGAUUAUGAUUACGUGGAACCUUCGAGCGUGCCUGCCCCCCCAUCCACAGAUAACAACAACGAAGGUAACACCGACCAUGUAUCAGGGAAUGACAACUCGUCGAAACCGUAUUCAUCCUACCCAACCUCGGUAACACAAACCAGCCUUGACGACACCAGUUACGAAGGUCUGAGCAACAAAAUCUCAUACAACGAUUUCGUGAAUGGAUACAAACAUUAUUUGAAAUUCCAAAAAGAGCAAGGCAGCCAGAACUUUUCGAAUCUCGUCAAAUACCAAGCGCACAGACAUCACAAUGUCGAUGAUAUAGGAAAGUUCAUUUUAAACAAAAUUCCUCAGUUGCCGAACAGACGCCGUCGGUUCUUUGACGAUACUGAUAUAGAUUAUCAAGACAUUUCUACCAAAAGUGACGAUAAUUGGUUUAAAAAGCAUUUUUAUUUGUUUGUUGAUAACGGGCCGCCUAAGAAGUUCCAUACUUCGCAAACGGUGCCUUUAAAAUCCGCUGUUAAAAACCCGCAGCUGAGGUUGUUUGUUUCAUCAGAGGAUCCGAUGCCCAUGCCAGGGCCUAGAGAUCACGUUUUUAUAAAAAUCGGCUCUGACGAGAUGGAUACCACUCUGGCUUCUAGGAAUACAGCCGAGAUGAGUCUAGAUGAGCUGUCUAAGAUAUUACAGUCGAUUAAGGAAAAACAGGCAACCGGGUAUUAUUAUCGUGGUACGUUUAAAAAGCUAAACCUUUCGUUUCCCUAAUACCUGCUUCACCUGCCCUUUGUAUAUUUAAUCUUCCAAAACGUUUGCACAACUAUUGCUGUCAAAAACACAAUUAAA